UCAUGAGGAAUUUGUGGUGUGAAUGGUCAUUAACAUAUCUUUUGUUUCCAAGGGUGGAAGAGGUCUGAGGUGUGAAUUGGUCAUUACAAUGUAUGACAAGCUUGGUAGGAACAUCCUGUGUUCAGUGUUUUGUCCAUCUGAGCACCUUGAAAACACUUUGCAUUCAUUUUUCACGAUGAAAAAAGGCUCUGGACAGCAUUGGGAACUGGAAGAGUUAAAAAAAAAUUCAAAUGCAAACACUCAGAAAUGCGAUUUGCCGCGUUUAGCGUUUCAAACGCUGAUAAAAUCGACUGCUAAACGCAAGUUUUCU